AGUUAUUUUUCCCUUAUAAAAAUAAGAAAAUUUUAUCUUAAAACAAAUAAAAAUUAAGAUAAGAAUCUGCCACAAUCAUUUAAAAACAUAUUUGUGGGUUUUAAUUUAUAUUUACGGGUUUUUGAAAGUAAUUCAUACACAACAUUCGCAAAUUUAAGAACAACCGGUUGAUUUUUUUAAGAAAGAAGUUUAAAGGGAAUUUUAAUAUACAUAUUCUUGUCAUUUACAAUAUUAGUCAUUGUUAUUAAAAGAAAAGUUCCUGCAUCUGUGCUUAAAUAUGUCUUAUGAUGCUUUAAAUAUUGAAGGUCCCGCAACAGAACCGGCUCCAGUUUUACUCUCCAAACAUGCCAAAUAUUUUGUAAGAUUUUUACAUUUGUUACCGGGCCGUUUGGCCUCGCACGAUUCCACUAGAGGCACUAUUGCAUUUUUUGCUGUUUGUGGUUUAGAUGUUUUAAAUUCCCUUCACUUAUUAACCCCUGAAAUGCGUAAAAAUAUUAUAGAUUGGAUAUAUGGCAGUUUAGUCAUACCACAGCCAGGUGAACGCAAUUGCUCUGGUUUUCAGGGUUCCCGAUCCGUUUUGAUAAAAAGUGAUAAUGAAGAAUAUUUAGCAAAUGCUAAAUGUUAUCAAUGGGGUCAUUUGGCUAUGACUUAUACCAGUAUUGGUAUUUUAGUAACUUUAGGUGAUGAUCUGUCACGUUUAGACCGUAAAAGUAUAGUCCAUGGUGUUGCUGCUGUACAAAGACCAGAUGGCAGUUUUAGUGCUUGCAUAGAUGGUAGUGAAAAUGAUAUGCGUUUUGUUUUCUGUGCGGCGGCCAUAUGUCAUAUGCUGGACUAUUGGGGUGAUGUUGAUAAAGACAAAAUGUAUAAAUUUAUAAUGAGCAGUAUUCGUUAUGACUAUGGUUUCAGCCAAAAUUUAGAAGCUGAGGGCCAUGGUGGUACCACUUACUGUGCUUUGGCUGCUUUACAUUUAAGCGGUCAAUUACCGCGUAUUGACAACGAAACUUUAGAGGGUAUUAAACGUUGGUGCAUAUUCCGUCAAGUGGAUGGUUUUCAAGGACGUCCCAAUAAACCGGUAGAUACUUGUUAUUCGUUCUGGAUUGGCGCUUCUCUGAAAAUACUCAACGCCUUCGAAUUGACCGACUAUGCAGCAAAUCGUUCAUACAUUUUGGAAACACAAGAUAAUGUAGUUGGUGGUUUUGCCAAGUGGCCACAUUCAACCACCGACCCAUUCCACACCUAUUUAGGCCUUUGUGGUCUAGCAUUUACAGGAGAACCGGGUUUGUUGGAAGUGAUGCCUAGUCUUAACAUGUCUAUGGCGGCUUAUGAUAAACUCAAAAAAUUGCACGCAAAAUGGAGUUUACAAAAUAUCGAGGAAAAUCAUAAAUCCUAUAUGGAGGCCAUUAGUCGACAAAUGUAUGAUACAAAGUUGACACUGGAAGAAGAAACAACAUCGCCUUUAAUAGAAGCCCAAUGAUGAGAGAGAGUUCAUAUAUUAUAUUUAUAAAUGUAUUUUGUAUUCUGCUUAAUAUUUUGUUAUUUUAAAACAUAAAAUAAUUUUCGGUUUUAUUAAGUUUUCUUUUAUUAUUAGUUAAGCUUAAUUAUAAUAGUAUGUCCAAAACUAUUUUAACAUAAAGAAUUGUUUAAAGCCAUUUAAUGAAAGAAGUUUAAAACAAUUAUAAGCACAAAUUAUUAAUAAAACUAUUAAAAUAUUUACAAAGUUUUACUUA